UAAAAGCCGAUGCCUUAAUCUGGGCCAGCAUCAUUCAUUCGUUAGCUUACGGAUUUUGAGGAAGUCUAUUAUUAUGUCUAGAUUGUGCCUGUCCGUCUUGGCCUUUGUGCUUGUCCUGGCUGGAACCACCCAGGCGGCCAGCUUGGAGUGGCCCUCGAACCUGCUUGCUCUCAGCACAGGAAAGUCCUCCCAACUGCUGCCCAUUGCCAGCGAGGAUUCCGUCGAGUUGUCCGAGAGCGGCACCGGAGCAAUUAUCUCGUCUGCUGGCCAGCAGCAGCCGGAGGAGCAGUCCCAGGAGGAGGAGGAGGAGGAAGAGCCACUGUCUGUCAUCGGCACCUCGGAUGCCAUCGAUUCACGCCUGGUGUCCUCCGGCAUUCCCAUCUCCGUUCCUCUUCCCCUGAUCCUGGCUGCCCGCAAUGGACUGCGAACGGUGCUGACCAUCCAGGAGCCGGCUGUGGCCAAGGUGGGUGAGGUGGUGCAGCAUGUGCCCACUGCCGUCUCCCAUCAGAGCCAGACGGUGGUGCACGACCACAAGCGAUUGGUCACUCCCAUUGUAGCUCCGGCCGUGCGCACCACCCAAGUGGUUCGCCAGCAGCCGCCGCUUGUGUGGACCGUGGCCUCCGAUCCUCGCCUGGUUCUGAUCCGCAACUAAGGAUGGCUGGAAGCCAAAGAUCAACAAGAUGAACUCGCCAAAUCUACGAUACGCUUCGUCUUUGCCUAAUUCUAUUUCUAAUUUUCUUAUUUUGGACUUGCUAACCCACAAAACUCUGUCUCUACGCUGUCUUCUGUCUUCUUUCUUCUGCCAUUUUCUGUAGAAUUCUUCUUCUGUAGUGUGCUUUUAAUAAAGAUUUCGCAUUUGCA